AUGGCCCCCAAAAAAAAAUCUAAAAAUGCUACAUCAAAAAGAUUAGGUGGUACAGUUGCAGAAGGAUCAAAACAACCUAUAACAAAAAAUAGAAGUUCAUUUAAUACAAAUGAAGCAAGAACUAAGAAAAAUAAAUCUAUAGAGGAAAUAUCCUCAGACUUAGAAACUGUCGCAGAAGAAAAUGAACAAGCAUUAGCUAUAACAAACAGAAGUUUACCUGAAGCAAGAUCUAAAAAAGACAUAUUCGUCAUGGUAAUUCCUCCAGAAAUAAAAACUGCUGUUAUAGAAGAAUCUCAACAAGAAAAGAAUGCUCCGAAAAAAAGAAGUCUACCUAAUACCGUUGAAUCAAGAUUUAAGAAAAAAAAAUCUAUACAAGAGAUUCCUCCUGACAUAAUAGAUUUAGAGACAGUCGAAGGACCUGAACAACAAGGGCAAGAAAAUUUAAGUUUAUUCGAUUUCGAUAAAAUAACGAAUGAUAUUCCUAUAUUAAUUCCAGAUCGUCCAAACAUGAGAAACAAUUUAGAAUCAUACACAGAAUUUGAAAUUGCCGAUUUUGUUGCGGAUCAUCCACCAAUAUUGAAGCUGGCUAGUGUUCUUAAGGAAUCUAAAAGCGUAACGGCUGGAAAUUCUAGAAAUUGUAAAUUGCCAGCUCUUUCUCUUCAGAAAGAAAAGGGUAUAAAUAAUAAACUUUUGAUCGAAGAACUCAAGCUCCUAUUUCUAAAGUGUCGAAAACCGAAUUCGCAUGUUUUUAAUGCGAUUAUUUGUGCAAUUUAUCCAGAUUUGAGGGAUAAACUUCAUCAGGAGACAGCAAAGAAUAUUCAUCACGAAUGCGUAUUAAAAAUGGCAGACUAUAGGCACAAAUAUGUGAAAAAAAUAUCAGAAAUGGUGAAUACUUAUAUAAAAGAUGAAGAAAAGGUUACGGUUGAAGAAUACAUUGGCGAUUCGUGGAGAAACAUUUUAUUUAUGCAUCUUCCAUUUCGGCCUGGAUUCUCUCCCGCAUUUCGGCCUGGACUCUCUCUCGCAGAAACUUUUCCUGAAUUAGAAGUCAUUCCCUCUAACAAAAUAUCAAUUAGAGAAGCUGCAUGCCUUCAGAAUGCUGGUUUAGUAUCAGGGGGUAUAUGUAAUUGUAAAGGUGAAUGCAAUAGUAAUAAAUGUCGCUGUAAGAAGGCGGGUGGAGACUGUAGCAGUAGAUGUUAUAGUGGACGUUCGUGGCAAAAAUAA